UGGUAUGUAUGGAGGCCAUGGCAGAGGACGAGACGCUUUAGGGGCUUUACUGCCAAAUGAAGGGGGCGUGGGAAUGACCGAGCGCGUCUGUUUCUGCGGUUGAACGUGUUGUGUUCUUUACCAUGGACAUUGAAAUCAGCCCAGUCGUCGAGUGGCUCGCCCUCUUCCAGCCCCAGAACGUCCUUCCAUGGCGCGUCCACGAUGUCGAGGACCGCCGCGCCCGCAUGACCGACGUCCUCCUCUUUGACGUCCUCCUCAUCCGCGGCGGCAUCCAUCAACCAGACUUGGUCUACCCCCCGCGCGACGCAGACGGCCUCGCGCGCCUCCUCGAGGCCAUCCACCACUCCACCUACGACUCCCUCAAGAAGGACUGUCUCGUCUACAUCCUCCUCAAGUGGUACCAGGACGGCAGGGAGACGCCCUUUUACGAGCAAAAGUGCAUUCCGCCACAGUUUUCCCUCCUCGCCGACGCGUAUUGGUAUCUGGACGCUGGUGUCAAUGUCGCGAAAGCGGUCUCGAUACUCUGCGACGCCCGCCUCAACCGCGACUACUCUUCCAAGAUCCUCCAGGCGCUCGCCCUCGCGCCCAAUUCUUCCCCGCUCAUCGUCAAGUACGUGCGCACCGCCAAGCCCCAGCUCACAGAGCCGGACGACAUCGAGCUCUACACGCUCGCGCUCGCGGAAACAAGUCUCCCGGAAGCAUGGAGGUACCAGCGCUCGUUCCCGGAGCGCAGCGAGACGCGACAGCGCCUCAUACGCAAAAUCAUAGGAUGGUGUCUAUCUCCUACAAUCCGCGGCGACGCCCUCGCCCUCUUCGUCGCCCUCGCCCUCACAGAAUACGAACAAUCCGAGCUACACGCCUUCGCGCGCGCCCCGCCCCCCGCAUCCACCACGUCCCUCUCCCCCGCGUCCGGCAUCCCGCCCCAGUCCCUCGCGGCGCUGCACGACCUCGUCGUCCUCCGCCUCGUGCAGGCCGGCAGCUUCGCAGCCGCCGUGCGGCUCGACCGCGAGCUCGCCGCGUCCGUCCACGGCGCGUCGUCGCGUGCAGGCGGGGCCGUUGCGCGCGCGGCGGAGGAGCGCAGGCGGAUGCUGGAUGAGGUGCUAGGAACGCUUCCGCCCGUGGAGCGCAGGCUCGUCGAGGCGGACGCCGCCGCCGCCGCGAGCGUGUUGGCGGCGCAGAGCAGCGGGCCUGUGCUCCCGGCUGCGUUGCCGCAGCCGCAGCCGGCGAGCCAGGAUCUGAGCAUGUCGAUGUCGAUGUCGUGGGAGCAUGUGCCGCCGCCGAGCGCCGCGGCGGCCGUGUCUGUCAGCGCCAACGCUAGUGCCAGUGCCAGUGCUAGUGCCAGUGCACGUGCGAGCCCGCUCACGAUCAUCAGCCAGCCGCUCGCGCCGCCGCGGGAGCGCAACCCGUUGAACGGGUCUACGUCCUCGUUUGCGUCGCUCUCCGCGUCUGCCGCUAAAGGCCCGCGAAACCCGCAAGAGCUGUUCGCGCCCCCACGCGCAUCCCCAUCGCCGGGCUCCAAAUCCGUCUCUGCGUCGCCGGCGUUCGGAGCCAGCGCGAACCUCGGGUCGAGCACACGUUCGAAUGCGAACGCGAACGCGAACGGCGGCGGCGGUGCGCCCGCGUUCGCCGCGUUUUCCCAAAACUUUGGGCAGAGCAUCUCAGCGUCCGGCUCGUCGUCCAUGCGGCCGUCUGCGUCUGCGUCUGCGUCUGCGUCUGCGUCUGGCGCGCCGUCUAUCUCCGCGCCGCCCGUGGGGCCCUCGGGGCUCAAGCUCUCGUUCGCGAAGCCGUCGUUGAGCGCGAGCACGUCCUCGUCGUUUUUCAAUAUCGGGAACAACAACAGUCUCAGUGCGAGCGCGAACGGUUUCAGUUAUGGGGGAGGAGGAGGUGGUGGAGGAGGCGGACCGAGGCCGGCGUCGACGUCGUUGUUCUUCGAUAAGCUCUCGGGGAGGCAGCCGCCGAAUGCGUUUUAUGCUGGCGUUGGCGCUGGUGCUGGGAGGUCGGCGUCGCCUGCGGGGUCGUCGGCGUCGGCGAACAUGAAUGGAA